AUGUCCUGCCAGCAGAGCCAGCAGCAGUGCCAGCCUCCUCCCAAGUGCCCUCCCAAGUGCCAAACCCCAAAGUGCCCUCCAAAAUGCCCCCCAAACUCUGGGGGCUGCUGUGGUUCCAGUUCCGGGGGCUGCUGUGGUUCAAGCUCUGGGGGCUGCUGCAGCUCUGGAGGUGGUGGCUGCUGCCUGAGCCACCACAGGCCCCGCAGAUCUUUCCAUCGCCAUCGUCAGAGCUCUGGAUGCUGUAGCAGCGGUGGCAGCAGUGGCUGCUGUGGCAGCAGUGGUAGUAGCAGCGGCUGCUGUGGCAGCAGUGGUGGUAGCAGUGGCUGCUGUGGCAGCAGCGGUGGCAGCAGCUGUGGUGGAAGCCAGCAGUCUGGGGGCUGCUGUUGA